AAGAAAAGAAAAAGAAAAACAGUAGAAGAAAGAGUGACAGACACAGUGUGUGUGUUGAUUUAAAUAAAGAGAACCACUCGUUCUCUUCUUCUUCUUCUUCGCUCUCUCUCUUAGGGUUUCACUCACAAAAUGGAUUGAAACUCUCUCUCUCUUUCUCUGCGUAUUUUAUAUAUUUCUUUCACGUCAAUCAGGUAACUCUUCUUUUCUCUCUCUUUUUUUUUUUUAUUUUUUUAUUUCUCUGUGAUUUUGUUUUCUUGCUGUCGGUUUAGAUCGGCUUUGCUUGCAUGUGGAACAACAAUCCGCUUUCUCCGUUCGUCGAUUCAUUUUCUGUUCCACAGAUUUCGGUUUUUGUUAGCUUGAUUCUGUAGGUGUGGAUCUGGAAACUUCUUUGCUUCUUUGCUAUGGAAGACGCAGACUCAGUUGCUACACUAAUAGAUUCUACAACUUCUAAGAUACAACAGCUGCAAAGGGCUUUUGCUGAACUUGAAAGUUAUCGAGCUGUUACUCUUAAUUUGAAAUGGAAAGAACUAGAGGAGCACUUUCAUGGUCUUGAGAAAUCUUUGAAGAGGCGCUUUCAUGAAUUGGAAGACCAAGAGAAAGAGUUUGAAAACAAGACAAUGAAAGCUCGUGAGUUGUUGGAGAAGCGUGAAGCAGAUGUUUUUGCCAAGGAGCAAGCCUCAUUGCAGAAACUCCAAGAGAAAAGGGAUGAUGCUGUAUUUGCCAUUGUAAAUGCUCGAGAAAAACACAGGAAGGUUUCAUCACGUGAAUCGACUAUUGUCUCAAAUGGGGAUAAAGAGAGGAUACCAAGAGUGGAGGAGAAACCUAUGAAUAAUGUGUUCAUUGCUGCUGAAGGUAACAUGGAAGAUGUAAAGCUUUCUCCUGAAAAUGGAAAUGUGGAGUUGAUGUCUUAUCCAGAGUUGGUGAAACUAUGUAAAGAGGUGGAUGCUGCUGGACUACACAAAUUCAUAUCUGAUAACCGUAAGAACCUGGCUGCUUUAAGGGAGGAAAUACCACAUGCAUUAGGAGCUGCUCCUAGUGCAGCCUGUUUAGUCUUAGAUUCUCUGGAAGGAUUUUACUGUAUGGAAGUGUCAAGCCUGGAUGUAAAGAAGGAUGCUAACUUAUUGGGUCUUCGCCGAACCUGUAUCAUGCUGAUGGAAUGUUUAAGUGAUUUCUUGAGCAGCUCAGAUUGUGUUUCUGAUGUAAUUUCAGAAGAUAUCAAGGACAGGGCAAAGGCAGUUGCUGAAGAAUGGAAACCAAGAUUGGAUGCUCUUGACAUGGAUGCAAGCAAUGGGAAUUCCUUGGAGGCUCAUGCAUUUUUGCAACUUCUAGCCAGUUUUGGUAUUGCCUCUGGUUUUGAUAAGGAAGAAUUAUUCAGACUGAUACCAAUGGUUUCUCGGCGCCGCCAAACUGCUGAUCUAUGCCGUUUCCUUGGGCUGUCAGAAAAGAUGCCUGGUGUAAUUGAGGUUUUGGUGAACAGUGGCCGGCAAAUUGAUGCUGUUAACUUGGCUUUUGCAUUUGAUCUUACUGAACAAUUUUCUCCCGUUUCCUUACUGAAGUCUUACUUGAAAGAUGCUAGAAAAGCUUCUUCUCCUGUUAAAAGUGUCAAUUCAUCUCCCACUGCACAGAUUGAGGUUAAUGAACGAGAGCUGAUCGCUCUUAAGGCUGUAAUCAAGUGCGUUGAAGAACAUAAACUUGAUGAGCAGUAUCCUCUGGAUCCUCUCCAGAAACGAUUGCUCCAGCUAGAGAAGGCCAAAGCUGACAAGAAGAGGGAAACUGAAGCGACAAAGCCUCAACCCAAGAGGCCCCGAGCUAAUGGUGUGGGAUACGGUCCUCGUGUCACUAACAUUCCGUCUGACAAAACUUGCUAUGCUAGAGUUGCUGACAGGUACCCACAGUACGUAUAUGAUCGACCUUACAUGUACCCUGCGCCAACUGAAAAUCAUUGCCCCCCUCUCUUGAGCACUGCAACGUAUAACCUCUCCCCCAGUCAUGGCAACUACUUCGCAAAUGGUUAUCAGUACCAAGCUACAUAUCUCCACUAGUUAGCUGAGAUGUGAACAGGCAAUUAUGAUCCCUUUUGUUUAAUAUCUAGUCUUAACCUUUAAAGCUGUUGUAUGUUUCACUUCUUUAAUUUAGUCUUUAAGAAUCGCAGAUACAGGUUAAAUGUCACCUUAAAAUUUAACUUCUGUAGCUGAAGAUAUUCUGAUCCUCUAAUGUAUGAACUCUGUUCACGUUUUGUACAAACUUGAAGCCUUUGUAAUAUAUUCUUAUCGUCUUAGAUC